AUGACCGACGCUUUUAUUUCCCUGGGUGGAAGCGAGGACCCGGUGCUGCAGCCCGUCUGGACCUGGAUGUUCGAGCAUCGCAGGCUGCGCUCGGUGCCGCUCUGGAGCGCGUUCCUGGCGUUCUCCGCGCACUUGGUGUUCUCGGUACCGUUUCUGGUCCUGGACCUGCUGAGUCCACGCGCGCGCUGGAUUCAGCGGUACAGGCUGCACGCGAAGCCGGUGAGUCUGAGCCGCUGGUUUCGGUGCCUCGCGCGGAUCGGUUGUAAAUACGCCGCGGUGGUUUUCCCCGCGAGCGCAUGUCUGCAUCACGCGCGGAUGCGCUUCGUAUUGCUCGAGACGCAGCGCGCGGUACCGUCGCUUCUGGUCGCGUGCUUGGAGAGUUUCUCCUGUCUGCUCGUGUUCGACACGCUGUUCUUCGUGGUCCAUUACACCGUGCACAGGUAUCCGUGGCUGUACCAGAUGUUCCAUAGCUCUCAUCACACAAACAGAGAAACAUUUGCACUAGCGGCCCAGGACUCGAGCAUCUCGGAACUCGUAGGUCAGCAGAUUCUGGCUUCCUGCUGCCCGUUGCUAGUGGGCUGCCACCCAGUGAGCGAAGUCCUGUUUUAUAUACUGAACAUCUGGCUGGCGGCAGAGGACCACUGUGGGUAUGACUUUCCUUGGGCAACACACAGGUUACUGCCCUGGUUUGGAGGAGCGCCGUUCCACCAGGCUCAUCAUCAACAUUUUAAUAAGAACUACGCUCCUUAUUUUAAACACUGGGACCUGAUAUUUGGGACAGCAGUUAAAACUUGUUAG